AUGGAUGUAAGCGAUGAAGGAGCGUCCGGUAGCUACGACGAUGGUGCGACCACGCGACGCGGCCGGUUCCGUGUGUCGGCACCAUCGCCCGGCCCACCGGAAACCACCGUUGGCCGUUUCCGGCUCAUCCCACAAACAGGAAACUAUGGUCCGACUUCACCGUUUCUUCAGCGUGGGCGAUUCUCCGUCAUUCCGGAGGAGCCGCAGAAUUCGCCCGGAGCAACGGCGAGCAUGCCGCCCAUAAUCACGACAACCGCCGCCGAUCGGCAAGCAUCACCCGAUUGGGACUUUGACGACGACAAAUCAGCCUACGUACCGUUACAUGGCAGAAAUGUAGUAGCAAAGAACAGACGGUCUGUUGCAUGCCCAGGAAGUGCAUUCCGUGUAGCAAACACUGUUUUUACAUUACCAAAACGACAAACUGCAGAAAAAAACCGGUGGAUAUACUAA